AUGAUCAAGUCAUUCAGAAGAGGGAAGAGACUGUCAAGCUCGUCUGAUUCUGGUAAGCUGCAUGUCAUUUCCAGAAUCACCUCCGGCCCCCAGGUGAGAAAUGGUGAUGGGAAUGCCUCCACCGUCUUGCAUACCCCCAAGCUUGUGAUCAAGGCUUUGUACGACUACUUACCCCAAGGCCCCGAUGAAUUGGCCUUCAAGAAGGGGGAUUUCUACCAUGUUCUUAAUGAUAACGAUGAAAAUGAGGAAAACGGCUGGUAUGAGGCCAUUAAUCCCAUGUCCAACGCCAAGGGUAUGGUACCCAUCAGUUACUUCGAGGUAUUCAACCGCUCACGUCCCAACCCCGACAUGGACGUCAGUCCCAGCUCCAGCAGGAUUCUUUCACAGGCGUCCAAGGCUCCUUCGUCUCAAAGAAACUCCAACCAAACCUUAUAUGCCAUAGUGUUGUUUGGAUUCAAGGCCGAACGAGAAGACGAAUUGGACAUCAUCCCCGGGGAGAACUUGAUUAUCUGUGCCCAUCAUAACUACGAAUGGUUUAUUGCUAAACCCAUUAACCGGUUGGGUGGUCCUGGCUUAGUCCCCGUCAGCUAUGUGAAAAUUGUCGAUUUGGUCAACCCUAAUAAUGUCAACGCCAACGAUGACUUGCCCAAAGUGAUCGAUUCGUUCAAGAUUCCAUCAGUGGAACAGUGGAAGGACCAAACCGCGAAGUACCAAGCAUCUACCAUCCCAUUAGGGUCUAUUUCCAACCAAACCCCACCAUCUUCUUCCAAUACUCAGUAUUUCCAAAAGGAUGGGGUUACCCCCGUGUCCAACCGAUCACUGUUGAGUUCGUCCAACACGGUCAUCUUGGAGGCCAGCGUCGACUCGUACCAGUUGGAUCACGGACGGUACCAAUACUUGAUUGUUGCCAAACUAGGUAAUAGUAAGGUCAGAUACUUAUACAGAUACUACCAGGACUUCUACGACUUACAGGUGAAAUUGUUGGAGUUGUUCCCGUAUGAGGCCGGUAAAAUUGAAAACUCCAAGCGGAUCAUUCCCUCGAUUCCAGGUCCUUUGAUCAAUGUUAAUGAUAGCAUCUCCAAAUUGAGAAGAGAAAAGUUGGACUACUACUUGCGCAACUUGAUAGCAUUACCCGCACAUAUCUCGCGGUCGGAAGAGGUCUUGAGGCUCUUUGACGUGUUGAAUAAUGGGUUUGAUAAAGAGGUGGUGGAUCCUUUUGUCAAACAAAGACAGCUGAAACCCAUAAGCCAAAAGUCUAAUUAUCAGCAAGACAGGUUAUCACAGUACUCCAUUAUGCACAACCACCAAGGCACAAGAGUGUCCACCACUCCCACCUCAUCUGAAUCCAAUUUCAACCGAUCUUCCCAGUCAUCUGUAAACUUAUUCAACAAUCUCCAAGAUCCUCAUCCUUCUCAACCAAAAGCACUUACAAAUUCUUCCCAACCUCAACUCGUCACAAAGGCUCCCCCCACGGCAUCGGCACCAGUCCCAGUAUCUGGCUCCAAAAUGAAAGUCAAAUUCUACUAUCAAGAUGAUAUUUUUGUGUUAUUACUACCAUCAGGGUUGCGGUUAAUCGACUUGAAAAGCAAGCUUUUCAAAAGAUUAAACCUCAAUGAGGAACCUAAGAAUGAGUGCGAUCCUGAAAGUAUUCGUCUUUACCUUAAAAAUGAUCUAGAUGGGUUCCAAGAGGAGAAUAAUCUCACCGACUACACAUUUAACGACAUCCAACAAUUGAAGUUGAAAGAAUUCGAAAUCAACAACGAUGACAAAUUCCAUGAAGUCUUGUAUGAUAAAUGUAAAUUAUGUAUCUUAGCAUAA